AUGUCUGGACGUGGAAAGAAACCUACAGUGGUUGCCAAACCAGGAUCUGCACAGAAGAGAUCCAAAUCGGGCAGGGCUGGUCUGCAGUUCCCCGUGGGUCGUGUCUACAGGCUCCUUAGGUUGGGGAACUACGCUGACAGGGUCGGUCCUGGUGCUGCCAUCUACCUGGCUGCUGUCCUGGAGUACCUGAGCGCGGAGGUCCUGGAGCUGGCAGGGAAUGCUGCCCAGGAAAACAAGAAGACCAGGAUCCUGCCCAGACACAUCCAGCUGGCUGUGAGAAAUGAUGAUGAACUGAACCAGCUGUUCUCCUCUGUGACUAUUGCUCAAGGAGGGGUUAUACCAAAUAUCCUUCCCCACCUCCUUCCCAAGAAAACUACUGGAGGUGCUGCUCCUUCACAGCAACAACAUGGUAGCCAGUGA